CACUUUCCCCCCCAAUCCUUGUGCAUCUCUCUCUCUCUCUCUUUGUAAAAAAACAUGGGGAGUUUGGCAGGACAUGUUGCACCAGGCAUUGGCUUCUUUGUCAUCGGUUUAUGGCACCUCUUCAACCACAUCAAGCUCCAUGCUCAGCACCCAACUUCUUACGUCUCUCCCCCAUGGUUUCCCACCUCCACAUUCAAGUACUUGGAGCUCUUCUUCAUCAUGGCAGGCAGCUGUGCCUCCGUAGCCGUCGAGCUCUUCAUUGGCCCCGACCGCCACCAACCGCUCGACCCGGAUGGGACCAUCCCCUCCAACCACCUCCGAAACUUCGAGCACUCCAACAUAUCAUUGACUUUACUCGUCUACGCCUCGUUGGCUAUGCUUCUUGAUCGACAUCGAAUCGUCGCAAAAGCUCAAUAUGGGCUAACCCUUCUGCUUGGCGCUAUUGCCUUUGCGCAAGAGCUUCUUCUUUUUCACCUUCACUCAAGCGACCACAUGGGUCCCGAAGGCCAAUACCAUUUGCUUCUGCAAUUUCUUGUUGCUGUUUCUUUGGCCACCACUCUCAUGGGAAUUGCUUUUCCUAAGAGUUUCUUGAUCAGCUUUGUUAGAUCAGCCAGCAUAUUAUUCCAAGGUAUUUGGUUUGUGGUGAUGGGGUUUAUGCUUUGGACGCCGGCAUUGAUUCCUAAAGGUUGCUUCAUGCACGAUGAAGAUGGUCGGAAAAUGGUCAAGUGCUCCGACGAAGAAUCUCUUCAUCGGGCUAAAUCGUUGAUAAACAUUCAGUUUAGCUGGUUCUUGAUUUCAAUCACCAUUUUUACAGUGUGCUUCUAUUUGGUUUUGGUUAAAGCUUACGGGGAAAAGGUGCAUUAUGUUUCAUUGACAAAGGAAGAGGAGCAAGAAAAAGAUUUUGAUGAUCUUGAAUCCCAAAAGAAAAUCAAACUUGGAGAGUCAGUGAGCUUAAUUCAAAUGGGAAAAGCCUUUUGAUCCA